AAUGAGAGAAAUGCAAAACUUAACAACACAAGAAGCCAUAAUGCAAAAUCCAACAACAGAACAAUGGACCAAACCAGGAAACAUGACAACAGCGCCAAGCAUUAUUACAGACAAAUUCAAAUUAAAAAUGGAUUUUAAUCCCUCGUUCAAUAAAAAAGGAGAAAAAAUCAACGAAGAUGUUCAUCAUGCGGUUGAAGGAAGUUAUUGUCACUAUUUGUCAAAAGAUAGCAAAGUCCAGAAUCUGACCUUCAGGAAUGGAAGUACCAUCAUUGAAUAUACUGUCAGAACGUCUGAUUAUGAACCUGCAAAAGCUAAAACAGCAAAAGAGGAAAUGUUAAAACAACUUUCUAAAACAUACCCUGUUGAGUUUCAAGUUAUAGAGGACCUGCUUAAAAACUCUGAGGCGUUGGAUCCAGUUACUUUUCCAGUGUUCUUAGAGAACCUCAGCAAUGCCACUGUCAACCUCACUGAUGAAAUAACUGGUUCUCCAUACAUCAUCAAUGACAUUGUGAGGAUCCUCAGUAAUGUAGCUGAUGCAUCAUAUUCAUUAGAUAUUAUAAUAGAGAAAGAUUACAUGGAGAACAUCCUGAUAACUGCAGGCUCUCUCACUACUGAUAAGGCAAAGGAUUCAUGGGAAAUCCUCAACAAUGCCAAAACCAGAAACACAGUAGAACCAAAAGGGAACAUCAGACUAGAAAAUACCAGCUCUUCUCUCUUGAACUCUUUGGAAAUUAUUACAUCGCGUCUUGUUAAUAAAUCUUUUAACAUUGCCACACCCAAUAUUCAGUUGAACAAAACAACAUUUACAAACACUUUUGCGGGGGACUUUAUGUCUUCAAUUGAAGUAGAGUUAUGGGAAACACCUGGAGCAGGUAGAAACUAUAUAACCAUAAUAACAUUUGCUUCAAUGGAUAAUGUGCUUCCUUCAAGAGAUAAAAGCAACUCAUCACCCAAGAUAAUAAAUGGAAAGGUUGUGCUUCUUAGGCCUGAAACAAAAAUCACAAAUGUUUCAUUAACAUUUGAUAUUCUCAAUAAUGCUCUCAGAAAUCCCAAAUGUGUUUUCUGGGAAUUUAAUCUCUUUGAGGGUUUUGGGGGAUGGAGUGAUAAAGGCUGCAUGCUACUGUUCAAUGAAAAUGAAACAAUCGGCUGCAGCUGCAACCACACCACCUCGUUUUCCAUUCUUAUGUCACCUCACAACCCUGAUCAUUCUGAACUAGUAAUUAUAUCCUUUAUAGGAGUUGGAUUUUCUAUUGCUUCCUUGAUUAUAUGUCUAAUCAUUGAAGGCAUCCUAUGGAAAACAAUUGGUGACAACAUGACAUCAUAUUUCCGUCAUAUCUCCAUAAUUAACAUCGCUGUGUCUCUCCUGAUUGCAAACAUUUGGUUUAUAAUUGUAGCAACAAUUCCAAAGAUGAAAAAUGCACCAGUAUGCACUUCGGUUACCUUUUUCAUCCAUUUUUUCUACCUCGCCCUUUUCUUCUGGAUGUUAGCCUCAGCCCUGCUGUUGCUCUACCGUAUGAUCAGUGUCUUUGAUGGAGGGUUGUCUAAAAUGUCCAUGCUGGCCAUUGGAUUCUCUUUGGGCUAUGGUGCACCACUGAUCAUUGCAACUAUAACUAUAGCUGUCACUGCUCCCUCAAACGAAUACAUCCGGAACAAUGUUUGUUGGCUCAACUGGAAAGACUCUAAAGCAAUGCUGGGGUUUGUGAUCCCUGCACUUCUGAUAGUGGGUGUAAACCUUAUAAUCCUGUUUGUGGUAAUAUCCAAAAUGUUGAUGAGAAGAGUAUCUGUAAAUGCUGCCCAAACAGGGGAAAGGCAUGUUCUGAUGGUCAUUGUCAGGAGUUUGGCUGUGCUAACACCCUUCUUCGGACUAACUUGGGGUUUGGGAUAUGGAACAAUGUUUGCCCCAGAAAACAGAUGGAUCCAUAUUGCUUUUGCAUUCUUCAAUUCACUACAGGGUUUCUUCAUUCUGAUCUUUGGAACACUAUCUGACAAGAAUUGUAUUAACUUAAGAGCUAACUUUUUAGGCACGAUCAGCGAUAGCAAUGACAUUCUCCCGCCAGAAUGA